AAUUUGCGCUGGAUUUCGUCCCUCCCUUUUGUAUAUUGCCAACGACUUCUGCAGUGGACUGUACAUACUGCUCUACCACAGCACGUCUCUCAUUGCGAGCCCUUCCGUCCACUCUCCCGGCCGAGAUCCCUUCGUCCCCGCUCUUGUCCCCCUUCGCCGAUUAUUUACCGGCCGGGCAACCUCGGUCGAAACGAAGCGAAGCGCUUUCCACCGUUUUUACAUUGUUCGCAUGCGCUUCACAAUCGCUAGCAAGUUUCUAUAAUUCAGUCCUAGAUAUCCUCCGUUUUCUUCCUCUCUUUCUCUUUCAGCUUUCCUUUUAGUCCUAUCUCACGGGACAUCUCACCCAUGAGCGGCUCGUCUGCGAAACUCUGCGCGGAGUACUUGCCCGGCGCGCUGCGGUCCAGGGUCCCUGUCCUGCGUCAUGCAAGGCCUGCGCCGCAGGUAAUAGGAGCAGGAGCCCGGCAGGCGUGUUCUCGCGAAUCUCGUCGGGAGGUGCACAACGGGUCUCGGGGCGUGUGCCAAUUGACGAAUGUUCGGGUCUGUGGUGGUUCUGGCUCUGUUGACCUGAGACGGGCUCAAGGUCAAUAUACGCGGGGGUUCGCGACGGUGGUUCCUGGGCAGGGCGAGGCUUCUUCUUCUUCGUCCCCGGGCGCAGCUGGGCUGCGCGGGGGUCCGUUGGUGGAGUACGAUGUGAGAGUGCAGGAGGGUCGGUUACGGGAUGAUCCUUAUCAGAGACAAAUCAUCGAAAAACUCCAAGAUCUCUACGAACGAUUGACAUCCUACCACCCGCCUGCGGUGAUUCACCCCAGCCCGGAAUCCCUCGAUCUCAAACCCAAAUCGUCCUCCUUCUUCGGCUCGCUCUUCGGGCGCAACAGCAGCAGCGCGAAGUCGGAGCUGACGAUUUCCGAGUCCCUGCCCAAGGGACUCUACAUGUACGGGGAUGUCGGGUGCGGCAAGACGAUGCUGAUGGACCUGUUCUUCGAGUCCCUGCCGGACAACAUCAAGGCGAAGAACCGCAUCCACUUCCACAACUUCAUGCAGGAUGUGCACAAGCGCAUGCACGUGGUGAAGAUGAAGUACGGGCAUGAUUUCGAUGGGCUCCCGAUUGUAGCGGCGGAUAUCGCGGCGCGGUCGAGUGUGCUGUGCUUCGACGAGUUCCAGUGUACGGAUGUGGCGGACGCGAUGAUUCUGCGGAGGCUCCUCGAGCACCUCAUGUCCCACGGCGUCGUCCUCGUCACCACCUCCAACCGCCACCCGGACGACCUUUACAAGAACGGCAUCCAGCGCGACUCCUUCAUCCCCUGCAUCAACCUCCUUAAGACUGCCCUCCACGUCAUCAACCUCAACUCCCCCACCGACUACCGGAAGAUCCCCCGGCCCCCAGCCGCCGUCUAUCACCACCCACUCGGCGCCGACGCCGACGCCCACGCUCAAAAAUGGUUCGAAUACCUUGGCGACUUCCAGAACGAUCCCCCGCACCCGACCACUCAGGAAGUCUGGGGUCGCAAGAUCGCCGUACCGCUCGCCAGCGGCAAGGCCGCGCGCUUCUCGUUCCAGCAGCUGAUCGGGUCCGCCACAGGCGCAGCCGACUACCUGGAGCUCGUCCGCAACUACGAGGCGUUCAUCAUCACCGAUGUGCCCGGCAUGAAUCUGAACCAGCGCGAUCUAGCGAGACGGUUCAUCACGUUCAUUGAUGCCGUUUACGAGAGUCGGGCCAAACUCGUCCUUACAACCGCCACCCCGCUCACCAACCUGUUUCUGUCCGAGUCCGACGUCCGCACCACCCUGACCGAUCAGCGGGGCGACGAUCACUCCGACCUGAGCGACGCGAUGCGCAUGAUGAUGGAUGACCUGGGUCUGUCGAUGCAGGCGCUCAAGACGACAUCCAUCUUCUCGGGCGACGAGGAGCGCUUCGCCUUUGCGCGCGCCUUGUCCCGCUUGACGGAGAUGGAGAGUAAGCAGUGGGUUGAGCGCGGCCUCGGCGCGGCCUCGGCCUCGGCUUCUGUAGAGGGGAAGAAUAAUGCCCGUGCGAAGGCGAAGGAGCGCGAGGAGUUCGUCAAGGGGAGGGGCCGGUGGGCGGAGGAUAAUAUGUAGAUUCCCCCUUCUUUUCUUUUUCUGCCUCGCUGUGGUUGGUGGGGCUGUUGGAUAGGGAGGAGGUUAUAACGUCUGGAGACUCUAGACUUGAUCGGUGUAUACGGCCUUGCGAAUAUGGUAUGGUUAUAUGAGAUGAUAGGUAGAUGGG